AUGAUCAUUAGCUACGUUCUUGCCGCUGUACUAUGGAUCGUGGGCUACGCUUCUUUAGCAAGAGAUGCUCAUGAUUGGACUGUGUCCCUUAGCAAGCUACAAGAUGCCUCUUCAGUGGGCCCGUAUCAUCUCUUGCUGCUAUCAAACAGUUUCUACGCAUUUGCAGUGCUUCUAACAUUCUUUGAAGCCUCGCAUCUUCUCCAAGUUGACUCAACUUUGGGACCGCUGCACCUGUCCCUUAUGAAGAUGACCAAGGAUAUUGUCAGAUUUUUCGCGCUCUUUGCCCUGAAUUUUUGCGCGUUUGCUCUUGCCAUGAGGAAACUGUACUCUCAGUACGUGCAGCUGACUGCAGCACAAGUUGCCAAGAGCAGUAACGCCACUAACACAUCCCACCCUUUUGAAAGGUAGGAAACAGAGACAAUGUAGUUCUAAUUCCAAAAGGAUAGCAAAAUAACGCUUCCCCUUAAACUAGACACUGAUAGCCACUUAUCAUGAAGACAAAUCAAAAAAAUGUAAAGCCGUUUUGAUUUUUAUUGAUUUUCAAUAUCAACCAAUUAAUUGUGAUUGAUUUUUAUUGACUAUUAUUGAUGUUAUUGAUUAUUGAUUUUCAUUAAAUGGUAUCGUCGUGAACAAAGGCAUCGGCCUUGAAAUCCCUGCAACGUUUACGUUUCAUCACAAGAAAGAGUCAAAGAUACUGAAACUAAGAGAACUAUGUAAUGAAUGGCAAGGAGGAUAAAGUUGAUAAACAGGGGCUUAGAACACAGCAUCAUUUUCGUAUAUCACCGCACCUAGCUGUUGACAGAAACGUUAAAGAUUACUCGAUUGAUGUAAUGUUACUGUAUUUUAGUUUUGCUUAAAUUGUGACUGUGUACUGAUAAUACCGCUAAAUUCUACUUAUAUCGGGAAUAUCGUGGUAUCGGGGUUCUGUUUCAUACAUUUUACUGUAACUUUUGCCGGGACAUAGAAUAUUCAUAGUUAUUAAACUAGAACAUCGUUUUAUCGAGGAUCGUUAAAUUGCGUUUCCACUAAGUGUAUAUGUGAGCUAACAGAUAGCUUGUACGUGUUCUUUUAACAGAAUCGAGGGAACCGUGGAGACAUUGUUUUGGGCAUUGUUCGGACAUGUCGAAUUUUUUGCUUUUAAAACGGACGAGAACUCAAAGAUUACCAUGGUUACAGGACAGAUUUUGUUCGCAGUAUACAGCCUCGCUUCCAUACUGGUUGUACUAAACCUACUGAUCGCUAUGCUCAAUAACUCAUACAAGAAGGUUGAUGUAAGUGCAAUGUUGUGUCUACACAAAUCGGUUUAUGAUAAAAUGAAUGAUUUUCCAGUAAUCGGACACUUAGUUAUGCGCACAGGAUUAUGGGAUCGCCAGGGGGCAAACAUUGCAAGUCGCUUCAAAGGAUUGUAUGGCGUGGAGCUGUUUCUCCUUUAAAAGCAGUGUCUUUGGACAGAGAAUGUAACAUUUUACCGUUAUUUUAUGAGAAGCGGAGGUGACUAUUAUUGGUGCGAAGAAAUUGUAAGUUUUUGUGGGAUCAAUGCGAUGAAAUCUAUCGAUAAACACUGAUUCUUGCGAAAGGUCGACUGUGAAUUUACUGAAUGGUCUCGAAAUAUAUAGUACUAACUUAGGUAUAAAUGAGCGGGGAAUGCGGACUCAUUUAAGCCUUUCCAGUUGUACUUAGAUGUGCUCAUAUUUACAACGAGUGUAAUUACGCUCCGCUCGGCGGCGAUCACAAUGCUGUGCCGUCUUGUGACAACGAUCGAAGGUAAGCUUAUGUAUUGUCGAAUUUGAUAUGUAUUAAAUUUAAAAAACAAAAACAUCUUCCGCUCAUUAGUAUAUUGAUUUCUUCUCGCCAAAAAAACACAAGCGAAAUUUUUUGUCAUGAUCCAGAGAACCGAUGAGUUCUAAUGCCUUUUCCAAUCAUUUUGAGGGAAGAUAUAGAAUCUCUGAAUUUGGCACAUCAACGUAACUUGGUAUUUAUUUUCACACUCACCGCUUUUGUAUCGGAAAUCUUACUGGUUUGUACGAUUUCUGCCUCAUCUACUAAUGGUUAAAUACCAUGUACUUUCCAUGAAAUAUUUUGUAGAUGUCACUUUGUUUAUACCAAAGUAGAGGAGGAUUUUCUAUUUUUAUGGCCAAUUACAUACCUACGAUCGUUGACUUGUCACAACCCGCAAAGCGCCGCACAGCGCUGAUCGCGGCCGAGCGUAGCUACACUCGUCGUAAAUAUCACCACACGUAAUUAUAACUUAAACGCUUAAAUGAGCCAAUCCCCCUACAUGUAUACCUAAAUUUGCACUAUAUAUUUCGAGACCUUUUCUUCGAAUUCUUCAUGUCUGUGUAAAUUCAGUAAACAAAAAUUUCAAACUCAACCUCACUCAAGGAGUGUUUAUCGAUAGAAUUUAUCGCAUUAAUCACAUAGAAACUUGAAAUUUCAACGCACCAACAUUAGUCACCUCCGUUUCUCAUAAAAUCACGGCAAAAUGCGGCAUUCUAUGUCCAAAGACACUGCUUUUAACGGAGAAACAACUCCACGCCAUACAUUUCUUUGUAGCGACUCGCAACGUUUGCCCCCAGGCGAUCCCAGAAUCCUGUGCGCAAAACCUGGAUAUCCGAUUACUGGAAAAUCAUUCAUUGUAAACGCAUACAAACUAACGUGCCAAUGGAUGGGUCACACAAGAACAGUAUAAUUGAUAUUGCGCCAACAUCCCUUUCCACGUGUUCUCAGCCAUAAAAGGAGAAGUUUGCAUGUAAUAUCACAGGAACACGUACGUACAUAGCAUAAGUAAAUAUUGCAACCCUGGAAAUAAUAAUUAAUAAUAAAGAAAAAUGUGGUUAGCUUACGAAAGGAUGAGGAAAACAUAUCAUGAAGACUUUUGUUUUUCGGCCAUCGUAGUUUAAACAAAAAUGAAACACCAGCAGCGGUGAUAAACGUUGUGAAAUUUCGUAUUUUGAUAAGUGACGUAUCGUAUGCUAGUCAACAACCAUUUUCAAAAGUGUUCUAAAGUGAUUAUGACGAGACUAUUUACACAAAAUUUACAAGGGGUCUGGGAAUGAGAUUAAGAAGUCAAAAUUCUUAACAGUUAUAAUUACAUAAGGCAACAGCUAACAAAGCAUCAGCUUGUCACUGCUGAUGUUGACCUGGUGUUGUGCUUGACCCGCUAGUAAAUAACAGACGAAUAAAUGCUUUGCUUCAUUUUAUCCGGUCACAACCUUUACUUUUAUCGUUGAAAGAAGUUGAAAACAUGAUUUUCAUCAAAAAAUGACUUGACCAUCCGCUAUUUGUGACGUCAUAUUUCCUAACCAUAGACACUGGUCGUCACUAAACUUGUCUCAAAAUGCGCGCGAGGGAAAAACGAACUGCAACUGAAAAAGUCUGGGGCUGAUGUUUCAUUGUCUAGGAAUUCUCAGUGGUCUUGUACGUCAGAGGUUAAAACUUUGGCCGGAGUUCAGCCCACGCCAAAACUUUACGCGUUCUUAUUUUGAAAGUGAUUUGCGUUGUGAAGUUUUCUGAAAUGAACUGAGCUUAUUACUGUGUGAUAAAUAAUACCAGGUAUAUUACCUUUAAGGAGAUUUACUUCAGUCGCUUCGAAAUCCCUUUUUUUAUUACACAGUGUAGUUUUCUAAUACAACACCUGUUGGAGAUCGACACGACAUCUAGAUCCGAAGACCUUUGCCUUAAAUUACCUUGAUGUUAUAAGUAUUUUAUACGUCUAUAUUUGCUUUCUUUCAGAAAGAGAAGGACACUAAAUUCAAGUUUGCGAGGACGCGUCUCUGGAUGUAUUACAUCAGUGAAGUCAGUCCUCUACCACCGCCAUUUAACCUGAUACCAGUAGAAAAAAUUGCCUCUGCAGUCCGUUGGCUUGCUAGAAGAUACAACUGGGUUAAAAAAGUAAGUAAGUAAGUAAGUAAGUAGCAAAGCCUCACUGCACGCACAUGAAAAAUGAUUUAAAUGUUAAGAAAUUAUAAAGGAAUUAAUUUUUUGGUAAAAACUAAAACAACUAUGGACACGAACCAAGGUCACAAGUUUUUAAAUCUACUAAAUAUUUCUUACGAUAAUCGAUCUAUAAUCUAUAUCAUCGAGACACAUGUUAGGAGACGUAAAUGCGUAUGUUUCUUUGGUUUUUAUUCUCGUACAAAUAGUUUCUCAAGCUUUAUGCCUGAAACUAUCCGGAUAGGUUGCAUACUUGGCCUGAAAUAAAAACGCGCGUUUUCUUUCGCUUGCUGUCGUCGUUUUUGUUGCCGUUGUUUGGCUACUUCAAACGCUGUUUUCAUGGUAUUAUCCUUAGAGUCUUUUGUAUUCCUUUUUUAGUGUCUUGGUUGUAUCAAAGCAGAAGAAAUUACAUCAGAUACAGUUAAAACUAAUCAGAAAAGGGUAAGUAUAUCAAUUUUUAGAAAAUUAGAAUGAACCUUUAUUCUCGUCAUAUAAGUAAGAAUAGUGAUAACCAAAGUAAAUCAACCUCAAUAAAAGCGCCGGUCUCAGAGAAAAUGUACCUUCGACCAGGAGGGCAGAAAGCAGGCUCUCCUAUAAAAUUUCUGGGGUUCUCCUUGAAAACUCCCUUUUAGAAGUGGUAAGUCUAAAACAAAGCAGCAGGACUAGCUCAGUCAGUAGAGCGCUCGACUGCAGAGCAAGAGUGUCGCGGUUUCGAAACUUAGGGUCUGGCCAGUAUAGCUGACAGGGUCCACAAGAUACUGCGAAAUAAAUGUUUUGCCUUUGCUUUGCAAAUGGCUGGUCCUUUGCGUGGCUCGAACGAUGACCACGUAAAAUGGCAGUCCUAUCUCCAGUAUGGAAACGUAAAAUACAGUUGUCAAAUUGUACUUUCGUGCUCAAUACAUUGACACUGCAAUAAAGCGAGCUUUUUAAAAUUUUGAUCGGCAAAUUCUCAUUUGAAAAAAUGAGUCGUGUCAUAAAUCGGUAGGUGAUCAUUUAAUAACUUAGCUAGACAGUGCAGUGUUCUCAGUCGAGGACGAGCGAAACUAUAUAAGGCUUUCAAAUUUCAAAAGCUUUUUCACAUAAGGGCAUUAUUCUUCAGCGAAUAAUCUAUAAAGAAUUAGAAAGGAAGCAUGGGAGACAGGCAUGGAAGAGGAAGCGUUAGUAACAAAUAGUUAAGCUCGCCAAUUAUUAACAUCGUUUUUAAAAAUUUCCCUAUAAACGUAAGCCAUGUUCGACAAGUCGUUACAAGGUAACUAUUUUGCAUCCUUUGCUUUCUCAUUCUUUUGUCUUUUACAUUCUCCUUAUUUUUAUUUUAUUUUAUUUUUUUUAUUUUUUGAAGUAACAGUGAGUGCUAUUUAUUUCUCGGUUCUGUACCUGAAUACCAUGCAUAGAGUAGAUGGCCUGCAUAUUGAAGGUCCUGAACUUAACACUUUGAACUUAGUUAUCAUGAUAUUUAGUCGAACUAGUAAAAGAGUUGUUUGACUAACAGUUUGAUUAACCACGCUUUGUUUGUUUUUGUUUUCUGUUUAGCGACGUGUCGUUAUCAAAAAUUUGAUACAUCGCUAUUUUUCUGGUAAACAAAAUACAGUAAGGAAGGAGCCUGAUAAGAAUACCGCCCCCUCAGACGAGGAUACCCCUGAGGAGGAAGAUGAGGUACAAACCAAGCUGAUGGAGGUCACUAAAACAUUGCAAAGCCUACCAAAAGCAGUUCAUCAGUUUCGCCGUAAGACACCAGCGGUAAGAAUAAGGGAAGACGAGCUCUUUUUCCUUAAACUUUGUUUCAAUUUGUUUUUGAAGAUGAACAUGAAUAUGAAAGCCAUGAAAGUAGCUUAUUAGGAGCCAAGGGUCCCUUUGUAUCCUAUUUACUAGCGUAAACCUAUUUUUGUUGUUUCAGGGAAAAAUCGCUAUACCAAACCAAGAAACUGAAAUAAAGGAUAGAGCCUCAUCUUAGAGGACAUGUGCCAGAACGGAUGAUCUAAACACAAAUUACUUGAAUGUAAGAGUAGAGGCAGUAAAUGCUGGACUGAAACAAAAAGCGAAAGGGCUGUGCAAAUGAACCAGCGCGGACUGCGGCCCUUUGAAGCACAGAUGGAUGGGCGGGUGCCAGGGAAAGAUAUGAUGCGGUACCGACUCAAGCGUCCUUUUUUUAAUAGAUAUGACCCGAUUUACAAGAAAAAACUGAAAGUAAAAAAACUCUUACUAUACAGUACAAAAAAUGCGACAUUUGUCCCUAUUCUCGCAAUGAACUGAGAUCUCUUCUGUACGACGACGCUGAAAUUUUUCUAAAAACUCAGGUCUACAACAAGUAAUGAUACUGAGAUUUCCAGUAAUUGUUCUAUUUUUCAAUAUACAAAUCACCAAAAAGUGAAUUCGCAGUGUUCAAUCACCUGCAAAUUACUUGUCUAGUUCUGCAAACCAACAGGA